AUGAAGAAGAUCUUUGGCCGCAAAGACGCGGUCACUCCGUACCGCGAUGCUGAUGCUCCUGUGGCGUCAGAAGGACACGAAGUGCUGCGUCGCCAGGCAUCCAUUGGACACAGCUAUGGCAUGCAGCAACAGCAACAACAACAGCAGCAGCAGCAGCAUGCUCAAUGGCAUCCAGACCCUCACUAUGGUCAACGAGUCUACCCGACGUCCCAGCAGUUCUCGGACAGCGCAGAACCUGGAGCGUAUCCUCGCCCACCCCAGCAGUCCCUUGCACGGACAGCUUCGCCUUCAGGUAAGCCCUUGGGUUAUCAAGGGGCAGAUGCGCCAAUCCUCGGUAGACCGAACGGGGACGGGCAGAACGCGGGGCAAUACCACUCUGCAUACCCUAGCGAAGGUCUAGGUGCUAGUACUGGUACCGCGGACAACCAAUACCGCAACCAAACGUCUGCACCCAGCCACAUCCCCAUUGCCCCGCGACGUCGAACGAGCGACUACGACAGCAGCUCUUCGCCACAAGCAUCGCCAGCGCAUGGUCGUGCGGACCUGCCACCACAUGCCAGCAGGCAGCCGAGACAGGGCAGUCUGGACAUGCGCAACUUGAAUCUUGGAAGCCGUGGUGGCAUGCCCGCCUUCUCACAGGGGCUGCCACCUGCUGAUCAGCCUCUGCGCAAUGGGACUCGAGCUCAAUAUCUUGACACGCAGGACUAUGCCACUCCAGGUAGCCCGGUGGUCGAGCCUCCGACGCCACUGGACGACGCUCCCCGAUCCUCACCGCGCUUGAGCAGGUGGCGGAGCUUGCGCCAAUCUUCCGAUGCGAAGCGUGAGAGACUAGCGUCGCGCGAUAGCGGAGCCGACAAUAGCGCAUUCUACCCUUCCUAUGCGCCUCCUGAUCAGGCAAGGGAGACACACUACCACUCACAUCUGCCUCACGAGCACUCUUCGUCACCUGGAGCAAGAUACGAGCCCGAUCUACAGCACGAGCAUGCACAGGUCAAGCCCAAGCGUAAAUUGUUCGGCUUUGGUAGGGAUAAGAAAGACAAGGAGCAGGAGCAUAAUGCGGAGAAUCUGAAUCAUGCCGAGGCUCAAGAGAGUCCCGCAACCCGCCUCAACCGCGGAUCCGGAUCUUCGCAGGCGCACGCCCCAAAUCAACCAGCGCAGACGAAUGCGCAGGCAAAGGAGCCAGCCUGGUACGACUUGGUGACGGGAAGCCGAGUCACACCAGCGAAGGGAGAAGGAUUGGUGCACACGAAGAUUGGUGAGUGCCUUGGCGAAGCACGCUACCGAAUGAGCUUGUAUCUCGUUCGACAUGCUGACCCUCCCCCGCUACGCCCACUCGGCAGGUUGGCUGUGCGCGCGACCAGCUGAAGCUUGGGACUGGAGCUACUUGAUGUCGCUGGUGGACAGCAUCUCACACUCCGAAGCAGCCGCGAAGGAGGCGGCUCGCGCUCUAAGGAAAGAGUUCAAGUAUGGGGACAUUGAGCCGCGCAAGCGAGCAACCAAGAUUUGGGCUGUCCUCACUCUGAAUGGCAGUGAUCGCUUCAAGAUGCAAGUCGCUGAUAAGAAAUUUUUGUCGGUCAUCGAGGAGGUCAUCACCAGCCACAAGACGCCUAUCAGCGUCAAGGAGCAGCUAAUAGAAGUAUUCGGCAUGCUAGCCUUCGAGGUAAGUCACGCGGGCUGUGAUGGCCCUGCUGCGUGCGCUCAUGGCCAAGCCAUCGCUUUCUCUUUAGUUCAAAGACGACACAGAGCUCCACAGUGUUACAAAGGCAUACAAUCGCGUCCGCCCUUCAGACAGACCUCUCGAUGUGAGUAGCGAACGUGCUUUUCAUGAUGCCAAUCAACUGCGACUGACAUGGAGCUGCCAACCUCAGGGCACACCUUUGAACCCUGAGCACGAGAUUUUCCGUCCAGUCUCAUCAAUGCCACCUGGCGCAGCUCAGGUCCAGUCCGCCUUGCGAGCAAACGGCGUGCAGAGACACACCCCCCGACAGCGCAAACCACGGAGCCCGGGCGAGGAGAUGGCGAGGCUCCAUCGCGAGUGCACCGUUGCCAGAGAGAGUGCGCACAUGCUUGUUGAGAAUCUUGCUGAAGCUGGUAUGGACAGUGCUUUAGUUGCUGUGAGUCUGCGGAGAGAUGGCGUCAAGUUGCAGAGCGCUUUGCUUAAUGCUGGGAGACCCGAACUCUCUGCAGGAGUUUUCGGCCAAAACGCUCGACUCUGAAGAAUUCCUCAUGGGCCAGAUACCGUGGGCGACUGCGCAGGCCGACCGGUCACGCGCGGAUCUCGCUGCACAAAUUGCACAAGAACGCGCAGAAGGUCGGCCGGCGUCUGCGAUCAGUCAGACUCAGGAAGAGCGCCUGCUAGCUGAUCUUUUGGAUGCACACGAACGUGUUGUGCAAGCUCGAGAGAUGCUUGGGCACGUCCAAACGCAACAUCAUCAAGAGGAUGAAGACGAGAGGCUGGCAAUUGAGCGCAGUCGAUAUGAAGUACGAGUAGAUCGGAGCAAGCUGCGACAGGAUGCUGUGACUGGAGAUCUGUACUCUAUCGAUGCAGGCCAGUCACUGGCAGCGCCCGUGAUGGAGGCACAGGGUUCUAGCUCCUCUUCGCGACCUCCGUCGCCGGCUCCUCCAGCCCACCGGCCUCUGCCUGUGCCCUCCCCAGUGGCAUCUUCGGAAGGCGCUGCGCACUCCAUUGGGAGUGCUGCCGGGAUGAAUGGGAGCAGACUUACUAAUCCCAACGCGCACACUCGCGAGCUUUCAGCUUCGAGCACUUCAUCUGGCCGUGCACCUAGAGAGGCGCGUCCUGAUGGCCCGCGUCCAGCGAGCCUCGUGCCUGGGGGACAUGCUUUGCCACACGGCCCCCGCCCUCUGCCCUCUACUGCCGGUGCGGCCUCAUCAGCCCACAAGGCAAUCACCGCUGCUCGCAGUACCGCUUCCCCGACACCCGGUGCUAUGCCUACAGCUCCUCAUGUCGCACAAGGCAGACCCGAACAAGAGCCAGCGGUGCUAGAGAACAGCGCGCGACCUGCAGCUCUGCCGCCAAUAGAGGCGCUCAAGAUAGACAGUCAGGCGGGCAGUGGGACAGGCGGCAUUACUGCACCCGUACCGACGGGCGCUGUUCGAUUGGAUGACGACAACGAGAGCGUCAUCAUGACGCCUGUGCAGCCCUCUGCCAAAGCUCUUGGCAAGCGGAGGCAACUUUCAGGCGACAAUUCAGAUCAAACCCAAGCGAACACCACCGCCGCGACUCGCCUAGCUUCUUCACCUCGCCUUUCUCCCGUAGCGGAUGAGAAGCGCCUUGCGAGGGAAGAGCUGCUGAAUAGGCCUCCGCCCGCAGCACCAGUCGAGCCGUACUUUGCAGCUCAGCAAACGCAAUCUCCUCCCGCGCUCGCCUCCAACAAUCCUUUCCUCAAUCACCCUGCUUUUGUCGGUCGUGAGGCGCAAACAGGAACCAACCCCUUUUUUGCUCAGCCGCAACCUUGA